GAGCAGCUCACCCCAUCUUCCUGAGGCUCCACAUACAGCUCAUCACCGAUCCUCGACAGGGAGUGGAUGGCUUUGGCGAGCACUUGACGUGUGUAAGAUCUGAGGAACGCUGCCGUGCGCCAUCCCUCCUCCCAUCACUGGUGACUGCUGGAGAAGAGGUGUGACCAGAACAGUCUUCGUGUACUGAAACCUCAGACAUUUGAUGAAAGAGAGAGACUUUGAAGGGACUCAAGAGGACAAAGUCAGAAGUUCUUUUGAGUUUGGCUCGGCUUUGUGCCAAAACAACACAAACAGAGAGAGUGACUGCUGCUUAAACUUUUGAGGAUUAUGGAGAAGUGGAAAAAGAAACGUUUCUAUCCUUGCUGAGGAGGUUAAAUUUUAAGAAAUGGAUCUAUCUUGAUAUUUGCUGUGAGAAACUAUUAAGCCAAUGAUGGGAAAAGUUUGGAGCAUGAAGAGAGAGGGAAACAUCCCUACAGGAGUCUUAACAACAACAACUGGACACAGGGGUGACAUGAUUUUUUCAUGAUUAAUUUCUUCUGUCUGGAUAUUCAGUUUCUUUUCAAAGCAACACAUUACAUUAGACUGUUUGAAAUCCAUAGUGGACUUUAUUGCGGUGUUCACAUGUACUCAUUGUUGACAUGCCUGUCUGUGACUUCUGGAUUUGAUACAAGGCAGUUUUCCUCCUAGAUGUCUCAGUCACAUAAUCCAACAGACACUCAGGCCUUGCUGCAGUCCAUGCUGCAGAGACUGAAGCUCCAGCCAGUGAAAGAGGGGCAGCCCUUGCUAAACACACCUGUACCCAACACAGCUGCUUCCACAUUGAAGGAAGAUGGAGAGAGAGGAGCCUCCAACCUCCAGAAAGUAAACAACAGUCCUGUAAAUAGCUUUGAGUUAUGGACCAAUGGUAUCCCAUCAAGAGAGUGUGGGAUCUCUGCUGCGGACAGUAAUUUUGGCCUCAAAGGUGGGGAAAUACAGCAACCAGGUCAUGACAGGGGUCUCAUUUCCUUUCCCACCCAGAAAGGCAACAUUGAUAAUGACACGGGUGAGAACAGGGUGUGGGGACAGGCCACAUCGCCUGGGAUCACCCCAACAGGAACAGGACAGCUGUUUCCCGCUAAAUCACAUAAGGAUGCUGAUACCACUUCCUUUGAGAGGACUGACGGGGAAAGGGUGAGUUAUGGCAGGUCUCCAAUGACAGGACACAUUCCUGGUAAUAAAGAUGCUGUCACAAUGUUGGGACAGAAUCAGGUCCAGGAUCAGGGCUUUAAACCCAGGGGUUACAAGUGGUCCUUGACGCCCACAGAUGCAAAUCUUGAUACGGAAAGUCAAGAGAAUAAAGUCCUGCAUAUGGGAAAUGGAGGAUUGGGAGCUUUGGCACAGAGUAAAGACAUAAAGUUUGUUGCAAAUAGCCAAAUAACAACAAACAGCAGCUCUAGAAGAAAACAGCGAUCAUCUGAGAAUAAAACGAGGAGAUGGACGCAGAAGAUUAAGGAGAGAUGGUUGGACAGGACGGGGACUUUUGGCAAAAAGGGAAAAGGAGAAGGUGGGAGAGUAGACCAGAAAAGUGAGGAAGGAACUGAGACUUCACCUCCAAACCAGCUACUGAGAGCAGAAAGUCUCAUCAAUACAUCAAAUAAGGAGGAAGGAAGGACCGUCCUUCCAUCAGACAGCAGUGAUCCCAGUAAACUCCUUCCUGCACACACAGAGGACAGCACUCUUGAUGGGCAUGUCAGGUCCUCUAGUGAUUUUGAGUUCGGCCUGGGCUCAUUCAGCCUUCUCGAGGAGAUCGUCACAGGUCAAGAGUGGGCAAAGUUCCUUAACCCCAACCUACCGGCCACCUCAGCCAAUCACAGACCAUCGGAAGAACAGCUGAGCCAACUCCAAAUCCACGACAACAACCCGUGGAGCUUCAGGGGCACAGAGUCAUCACCAGUUUCAGAUUUCAGUAUGGCACAAAUAUCGCCUGAUGCUUUCCUACCUGUCAGCAUGGACAUGUCAGAGGGAAAACGACAGCAGUAUAUUCACACAGCAGCUAAUCUAUCAGAACCGAUGGAAGAUUUGCAGUCUGGAGAGAGAGGACGGGAACAACAACCUAGACCUCCAUCCUUUGUAGAGCCAAAACACAGUCUGGACAACUCAGCGCUGAAGAGAGUCCACCUCAACAGAAAGAGACACCAUCAGUCAGCUGAGAGGAGAGACGAGAGGCUUCAAACUGAGAUAAUAAGUGACCUGAGAGAGGCAGGCAGAGGGGGGUCUAUAUCUUCACUGAGCAUGACCAGCAGCCAUUUGAUGGAUGAAACAGGAGAGUCACAACACGAUAUUGUCAUGCCGUUACACACCCUAAACUCUUCUCCUACCCCUCUCUCUCCAUCCUGUUUUAAUCCUUUUGCUCCUGCACCUCGGGGGGUCCUCAAACACUCAAUAUCCCAGGAUUCAGAGUCCUCUAUGGAAACAGUGACAAAAAGGAGGCGAGUUGAGGAGAACCGCCGGGUUCAUUUUUCAGAGGAGGUGCUGACCAUUGCUGCUCCUGAGCUGGAUGUGGAUGCUACAGACUCCGAGGAGGAUUCGGGAGCAGAGGAGGACUCUGUGAUAGAGCAGGAGUGUGAGGUGGAGCAGGCAGCGGUGGAGGAGGUGGCACCAGCGCGUCGGCCUGCCCUCCCUACCUGGAUACGGGCUCUGAAGAGAAGGAACAUGGGGAGGAAGCACAGAUAGUGACUGUGAAACUACAAAAAAGAGCAUUUAGUCUCACACACUUGUUUCUAUUUAAAUAAAUGGAAAAAAAAAUCUAAAUUUGGUAAGAUAGUGAGUUUGUCUCAGAAGCAACUUCAUUUAGUUUGAAGACUCUUUUUAAAUAAACCAACAGUAUCACAGUAUUUGUAAAAACCACGAAACAUAUAAAUGUUUGUUGACUGGACUUUUGUGGACACUUAAAGCACCUCUGUGUCCAAUUGCUCCUCAUCAAUCUCUGCCACUGUUCAAAAUGAAAAUUUACCAAGUUUUUCUGAGCUGCACCCUAUAUUCAAAAAUGGCAGCAAAUCUAACCUCCUCAUCUCACAAGGACUUUGAUGUUUAAGCAUCAACUGCAGAUUAUUAAUUCAAGUGGAUUAUUCUUUUCUUUCUUUCUUUUUUUUACCCUUGACUGUUUUUAAGGCCAUGCUCUCCACUGUCUGUAUAUUUAGACUGGAUUAUAUAUUGACAGUGUUGUACCAGCUUUUACAGCUUUUGUAUGUGUUGCCCUCCUCCUUCAAUAUCACACUGGAGAGCAGCCCACUACAAUGUGGUCUGCUGUCUAUGGCACUGACUCAUUCUCCAUAUCCUCUGCUUCUUGGUAAUGGCUCCCCGUCCGGCCAUCCUGACAAUUAACCCCAGAGGGGGAAAGAGAUAUGACUUGGAGCUGAAGCAGUGAUUUCUAAUUUGUCUGCUACUCUCUGUUGAACGCUUGAAAUGGUGAAACCCCAUUUUGGAGCCAUUUUCUUACUGGAGUCAGAGGGAAGCACUUU